AUGUUUAAUUUAUGGUAAUUAAUAUUGUUUUUUAAUAUUAGUAUCUUGGCAAGACAUGAAUUGUAGGAAACCUGCUACCUUAUCUUUGAUUUCAUGAAUGAAGAAUUUCUAUAAAAUAUCAAAUUGAUUAAGAAAUAUCUUGAUAUAUAAGAGGGAGAUGGACUAUUUGAUAUAGGAGCAAUCCUUAGAUUUCCUCUCGAACAUUUUUAAUAAUUUAAGAGGGCUUGA